AGACGGUCGGAUUCGAGCGGGCAAUAAGUUAUGUGCCCACUAUUAUAGUCUCGAUUUGUUUUCAUUUAUGUUCUAUAACAGGGACUAAUUAUAGUUAAAUAAAUCAUGGAUUCAACGUAAAUCAGGAGGAUAUAUUAGGACCAUCGUCAUGGCUUGCUUCUUGGAAUGUUUGACAAUCUAACAACAAAGUGACAAUUUUCACUUUUUGUUUUCAAUUUCGUCAAAACUACUAGUGCGCUUAAAAUUAAAUUGUAAAAUGUAUUCAGUCCGAUUUAAACCAACAAAUUUUGCUGUACAAUGCUUCAAAAACUGCAGAACCUAUUACACAGUUAAGAGGAAAGUUGUCAAAGAUGAAAAUUAUGUUGCCAGACAGAUAUAUCAAAAAAUCAAAGUGAAAGGUCCCAUGACAGUAGCCGAUUAUAUGAGGGAAGUGUUGACAAAUCCCAUGGCAGGAUAUUAUAUGCAUAAAGAUAUGUUUGGAGAAACUGGGGAUUUCAUAACUUCUCCAGAGGUAACACAAAUGUUCGGAGAGAUGGUGGCAGUCUGGUUACUGAAUGAAUGGCAGAAAAUGGGAUCUCCAAAACCUCUUCAGAUUGUUGAACUGGGACCUGGUAGAGGAACUUUAUCAUACGAUAUAGUGAAAGUCUUCAGCCAUUUUAAGGCUCUGCACAAGGCCAGUUUGCAGCUUGUGGAAAUCAGCCCCGUCCUGAGCGAACUACAGGCUAGAAGAUUAUGUGAUAAACAUACAAUAGUCAAUGAAAAAAUGGUAGUUUACAGAAAAGGAAGCAGUCCCCAUGAUAUACCGGUGCAAUGGUUUAGACAACUUAGCGACGUACCAAAUGCCUUCACUUUAUUGAUAGCACAUGAGUUCUUUGAUGCCCUUCCGAUUCACAAAUUCCACAAAACGUAUAGUGGAUAUAAGGAAGUUCUUAUCGAUAUCGACCCUGCCGCUGAAAAAAACCCUGAGAAUACCGAACCAAAAUUUAGGUACGUCCUUUCCCGAAAUGAAACCCCCAUGUUGAAAAGCCUGCUCAAACCGAAUGAAACCAGAGAUCACUUUGAGGCAUCUCCCGACUGCAUGCUCAUUUACAAACAGAUAUGUGAAAGAUUAAAGGCAACUGGAGGGCUCGCUUUGAUUUGUGACUACGGCCAUUAUGGAACAGGCACCGAUACUUUUAGGGCGUUCAAGAAGCACAAACAGGUUGAUCCGUUAGUGAUGCCUGGAACUGCGGAUUUGACUGCUGACGUUGAUUUCAAAACUAUUCGUGAGGUGGCAAAUAAAGUGGAGGGUAUUAUAACGAUGGGUCCUGCGAACCAAAGAGAUUUUCUACUCAAAACCGGACUUGAAUAUCGUUUCAAAGCUCUCAAAGAACAAGUGAAGGAUAAGAAACAUCUGGAAAACCUCACGGAAUGCUACAAAAUAUUGACGGACAAAGACAAAAUGGGUGAAAGGUUCAAAUUCUGCGCACUUUUCCCUGAAACCAUGAGAAAAAUUCUCGACAAAUGCCCUGUCGUAGGAUUCAACCAGUUCAUACCAUAAAAUGUGGCGGUGUACUUUACGGGAAGUUUGUUCACCCCCGUUAAACUGUGAUAAAAUGAAAAAACUGAAUUGUGCGUCGAAAUCUUUAUUACUUUCUUCUACUGUAUAUGAUACUUUUAAAAUGCCUUUGUAAAAAUAGUCGUAUCAGGAGAAACUGUUAAGUUACAGAUUCGUUGUUAUAAAGUAAUUUAUUGAAA